AUGGACGUCGUUGCUGCAGUUUCCGGGUACAUCUCCAAGAUGGUCACAACGGGGGAUGCAGCAUCGGCUACGGGAUCUUCAUCGUCGACCAAGAUGAAGAUCUUGCUUCUCGACAGUGAGACAAUGCCCAUUGUAUCGACGGCUAUCACACAAUCAGCCCUUCUGAGUCAUGAAGUAUACCUGAUCGAUCGCUUGGACAAUGCCGCCCGGGAGAAGAUGCGACAUCUGCGUUGUCUGUGCUUCGUGCGCCCGUCCCCGACUUCCAUCCAAUUCCUCAUCGACGAGCUUCGUGACCCCAAGUACGGAGAGUAUCAUAUUUAUCUUAGCAAUAUCAUUCGCAAGUCUUCCUUGGAGCGACUGGCGGAAGCAGAUGGGCAUGAAGUGGUGCGCGUGGUUCAGGAGCACUUUGCCGACUUCCUUGUCAUCAAUCCGGACCUGUGCUCCCUGAACCUCGGGUUUCCUUACCAGCGAUUGUGGAGCCACUCGCCGGACCUGUGGAAUGCAGACGCUUUGCAAAGAGCGACGGAAGGCGUGAUUGCCAUGUUGCUGGCUCUCAAGAAAAACCCCCUGAUCCGCUACGAGAAGAACAGCUUGUUGGCUAAGAAAUUAGCUACAGAGGUCCGGUACCAGGUGACUCAGGAGGAGCAGUUGUUCAAUUUCAGGAAGACCGACACGCCUCCUAUUCUGCUUAUUCUAGACCGGAGGGAUGACCCCAUCACGCCUUUGUUGACCCAGUGGACAUACCAGGCGAUGGUUCACGAAUUACUGGGAAUCAACAACGGAAGAGUAGGCCUGCGUGAUGUGCCUGACAUUCGACCCGAGCUUCGGGAGAUCGUCCUUUCGCAGGAUCAAGAUCCGUUCUUUAAGAAGAACAUGUAUCAGAAUUUUGGCGACCUGGGUCAGAACAUCAAGGAGUAUGUCGAGCAGUAUCAGGUGAAGACUCAGAACACCAUGAACAUCGAGUCCAUUGCAGACAUGAAGCGCUUCGUGGAAGAUUACCCCGAGUUUCGCAAACUCUCGGGUAAUGUGAGCAAGCACGUCACCCUGGUCGGCGAGCUCAGCCGGCGAGUUGGUGAGGAUAACCUACUGGACGUCAGUGAGUUGGAGCAGAGUUUGGCCUGCAAUGACAACCACACGAAUGACCUCAAGACACUGCAGAGAAUCAUUCAACUACCCACGGUACCGGCGGAGAACAAGAUCCGCUUGGUAGCCCUGUAUGCCCUCCGAUACGAAAAGCAGCCUUCCAAUGCCCUUCCGGUUUUGCUUGACCUCUUGGUCACAGCAGGGGAUGUUCCCUCCUACAAAGUCAAUAUCAUACCCAAGCUUCUUGCCUAUCAUCAUUCUCUCCAGGCGCCCCCUGUUGCGGGCGGCUUCUCGGACCUCUUCGAAUCAGCUUCGUUAUUCUCGGGCGCUCGGGACCGCUUCAAGGGGCUCAAAGGUGUCGAGAAUGUAUAUACACAACACUCACCGCGACUCGAAGUGACCCUACAAAAUCUGAUCAAAGGCAAAUUGAAAGAGUUACAGUACCCCUUCCUCGAAGGCAGUGGCCACAUUCGGGAGAAGCCACAGGACAUCAUCAUCUUUAUGGUCGGUGGCGCAACCUACGAAGAGGCCAAGAUGGUGGCCCAAGUCAACGCCAGCUCACCUGGAGUGCGUGUGGUAUUGGGAGGAACGUCCAUCCACAACAGUACUUCCUUCUUGGAAGAAGUUGAUGAUGCUGUGAUUGUGUCAACCCCGGAUUUUCCUAAUGUGGAGAUCCCAUCAACCUCUGUCAUCACUACUGUCAUCACUACUGUCACCACUCCCAACUGCAAUCAGCACCUGGCAGCCAUGUCGUUGACACAGUCGCCUGGCUCCUACAUCCCGGAGCAUCAAUAUUACUCCUCGAUGGAUAUCCAUGCUUCUCCACCCAAGCCCAUUAAUGCCUUGUCGCCUUCUGCAUCCGCGGCCCGAGAACCGAAACUCCAGCUCCCCUCUACAACCGAUCCCCCAGGGCCGCAAAACCCGCCUAGGCAACUCAUCUUCGGUGCCACAGGCCAUAUGGGCCGUUCGCUUGUCAAAACCGCCCUAUGUCGCAAUGACCUCGUGGCAGCGGUCGGACGCACGUUCGAGAACAGCCCCGAAUCGAUGAAGAAGCUGGAAGAGGAACAUGAGAAUUGUCUCGGGCUCCUAUGCGAUGUGCGCGCGCGCGAAACGGUCAAAAGGGUCAUCGACCGGACCAUCGAGCGCUUCGGCCGCAUCGACAUUGUCGCCAACUGCGCCGGGUACGGCGUGAUCGGCGCAUGCGAGGACCAGGACGAGUACGAGAUCCGCGACCAGUUUGAGACGAAUUUCACCGGAACCCUGAACAUGAUCCAGCUGUCGCUGCCGCAUUUCCGCGAACGUCGGUCCGGCCGGUAUCUGAUCUUCAGCUCGACGUCGGGCGCAUUGGGGGUGCCCGGGUUAGGGCCGUACUGCGCCUCGAAGUACGCGGUGGAGGGGCUGAUGGAGAGCAUGCUCUACGAGGUGGACAGUUUCAAUAUCAAGGGUACUCUCGUGGAACCGGGCCAUAUGCGCCGCGACGACGUGGGGGACCUGGUCUCGGACACCGCUGCCAUGGCCAAUAACGAGCACAACCUCACAUCGCCGCUGCCGCUGUACGGCCACUUCUUUGUCAAGCAGCCCAGCGAGCCAUAUAAUACCCCCACGGCACCGGCGGCGCAUGCCAAGCGCAUGCUGAUGUGGCUGGCUGAUAAGCAGCCCGCCAGUGCCGUCAAGGCGGCCCAUCUAGUUUGGCAGCUGGGCCAUUGCUCCUAUCCUCCUCUGAGAUUGAUCCUGGGAACCUACGCGGUCGAGAGCAUCCGCGACAGACUCAAAUGCAUCAUCGAGGAGAUCGAAGACUGGAAGUAUCUCAGCUUCCCGGUGGGCGAUCAACCGGGCUCCUCUACUGGGAAAGACAAGCCAUCAACGGAGAGCAGGGACAAACAGGAUUGUGAAAUGGCCACCUGA